GUUGGGGUCAAUAAGAAUAAGUUCUACUAGCUCUAUAAUUAUCGGGAGCAUUAGAAAUAAUCAUCAACAUCGGUCUUUUCAUAUUUGAGAUUUACUUAUUCCAAAUGUAUAGGCGAAUUACCCGAAAUUAUAUGAAGUAGGUAACUUAGUCGAUUUCGAGCAAAAUGUUAUGCCGAAUUAUUUUUCUUAGCAUGUCUUUUUUUCAAAAGAUUUUAAUAAGAUUGUUUACCACCGCAAUUUUUGGUAGAGAAAUUAUUUUGCAGAGAAAUAGUGGAGUGAAUUUUUUGAUUUUUUUCAAAAUGGACUCGAAAUUUUUGGAAUGAUUUUUGUGAGAGAAAAAAAAAUGGUUUCAGGUGAUUUGUUUGAUGAAGGUAUCAUAAGUAAUCAGAAGGAGCUUCUGAUUUAUCUAAAUCGUUUCAACGAACUCUUUUAUGUGCCUAAAGAUGUCGAGAGGCAUUGUCUUUUGGGUAAUCAUGAUAUUGGAUUCCAUGAUCAGUAAGCUUCAUAAUGCUUCGUGAUCAUUCGAGUUUAUCAAAUUCUGAGGAAUUUACAUUACACAAGGAUCAGUCCAGCACGACUCCAGUUUCUUUCGACGCAUUUUUCACGGUCACUUGCGGAUCACAUUGUUAUCGGUGGGAAUCAUUUUACAUUACUAAAUUCGAUGACGAUUGAGCGUGAUGGUUGUUCCCUCUGCACCGCUGCUGAACGUCAAAUUGAGGAAUUAAGUCGAAGUUUUGAUUGUACCAAAAAUAUAACAGUAUGCAACAUACAUUCAAGACCUGUCCUGCUACUUCACAUUCCGUUGUAUAGGGAAAGUGAUGCGAACUGUCCGGAUGACUAUGACGCAACUCCAGAAUCAAUAAAAUCGAAUCGUUUUCAUGUUGGCAUUGAUUGCCUUUCCAAUGCUUCUUCCCACUACAUCUUGGAAAAGCUGAAACCUCGUGCUAUUUUUAAUGGUCACACGCAUUAUAGUUGUCGAACUUGGUGGCCAUCGCCGUACAAUAUUUAUGAAUGGACAUUAUCAUCGUUUUCGUGGCGAAAUAUCCCACAACCCGCGUUUCUUCUUGUCACUGUAAUGCCCGAUUAUAUUCAAGUCAACAAAUGCUUUCUACCGAAUGAGAAAACUGUUAUCGCUAGCUAUGUCGCGGCUGCUUUGAGUAUAAUACUUUUUUUGUCCUAUCGUUUAGUUUCUUAUUUACGAUACCGGCAGUCAUAUUCGUCAUAUCAGAUCAUAACUCAGAAGUGCGAUUAAAUAAUCACCCCCAAGAUUUUCUUCGGAUGUUGGAAAUUUGAAAUCUGAAGAUGCUCAAGCUUUAAGUUAUAAUAUUCGUUCUUAUUGGCUUGGUCCAUUUAAACAAUCAGUUGUUUACACUUUUUAUUUUGGGAAAAGGAAGAGGGAUUUAAUAUUUUGCAGUUUAGGAAGAGCGACUUUAUAGUUUUGAAAAAAAAGACGCUUUGGGAAGAGAAUGGAGAACUAGAUUUCUCGAUAUUGGAUCACGCUUUUAUGUUUCACGGAUUAGUAUUAUUCUACCAUAUUUCAAAGCUGUUUCAGAGCGUACCAAUUUCAGUCUUUUAAAAAAGCGCUCCCCGUUGGUCUUAAGUAUAUUUUAUUGUUUUCGUUCCUUAAUCGCACGAAUUACUAUAUAUAAAUUUAUAGUUUCAUGCAUUUUCCACCAUAUUAUAAUUGCAUUUCAAACACAUAUAGAAUACUGUUUGUCCUUCGUCAGCAGAUCGUGUUUGUCUACAUGCAUAGCUCAUCUUGCCAUGGCCACAUUUAUCACAAAUUUUAUCCACAACAGGGUUUUCCAAUGCACCUUCUUUGGCAUCCAUCAUACGUUUCUGGUAUAUCUUCUCGGACCUAUACACCAAUUUGUUUCGAAUGGCUGCAAAUUUAAAUCAAUGAGAAGGAAACUACCGACAAAGCAUUAUAAAAGCAUUAUAAUUGGUG